CACUAGUCCGUACCACAUUCUGCUCAUUGUUCUUUUAGUUGUGUGGUUGUUGGGAUUAUUUUUGGUUUAUUGAUUCUUUUCUUUUGUCAAUCAUGUCAUCUGGAAAUUCUCAAACGAAAAACUUUUAUCUUCGAUAUUACGUUGGCCACAAAGGUAAAUUCGGUCAUGAAUUUUUAGAAUUUGAAUUUCGUCCCGAUGGUAAACUUCGUUAUGCAAACAAUUCUAAUUACAAAAAUGAUACGAUGAUUCGUAAAGAAGCUUAUGUUUCUCGUGCCGUUAUGGAAGAACUUCGCCGUAUAAUCGAAGAUUCUGAAAUAAUGAGUGAAGAUGAUGCUGUUUGGCCAAUGCCAGAUCGUGUUGGACGACAAGAAUUGGAAAUUGUCAACGGUGAUGAACAUAUUAGUUUCACCACCAGCAAGAUUGGUUCAUUAGCUGACGUACAAGAGAGUCGUGAUCCUGAAGGUCUCCGUUGUUUUUACUAUCUGGUCCAGGAUCUUAAAUGUUUGGUUUUUUCACUCAUUGGUCUACAUUUCAAAAUCAAACCUAUCUAAACAAAUGACAUUUGUUGAUAAUAUAAUAAUUUGUCUAUUUUAGACCUCAUAACCAAUCAAUUCAUUCUUUUCCAUUUUUUUCAAUCCAAUUGUAAUUGUUUCUUCAUUCAUCAAUCAUAUUCAUUUUCAUCUUUUUUUUUCAUUGAUUCCAUUUAUAUUUUACUGAUGUCAUCUAUGCAAUUUCAAAAAUAAAUUUUUUUCUGUUUAUUUU